AUGGGCAAAUACGUGGGUGUGGACGCACUAAAAACGGCUGAGGGGACGGUAGAGGUGACGCAAGAGGGAGAAGAGAGGGAGGAGCCAUCACAGACCCGCCCAAAGAAGAUAAACCCCACGGAUUGGGAUGCGGAGUUGUUGGUGCCGCCACACAAUGCGCAAAAUGUUCGCGAGGUAGAGCGCCUUCAUUCUCAGCAUCCCGCUCACGAGUCCUCACUUAUGAUUGCCGAAAAUCGGUUGCUUUGCGAGCUGAUACCACUGCGGGCGUUCGGCGACAUCCGUUAUAAGAUGCCGGCGAAAGUGCUACGUAGCAUAGCUCGACUCUGCGGUCUACCGCCUAGCUAUCCUGUAACCCCGCGUUUCUAUAUCAGUCCACCGUACCUCUUUGCUACGCCUCAGGUGGUGUGCCACCGCCUCAAUCCGACGCGCGACCGCUUUGUUAUUCUUGCGUCUGACGGACUGUGGGAUAUGCUUACGCCAAAGCAGGCCGUCAGUGUGGUCGCUCAGCACUACCUCGACUAUCACGGAAAUCCCUCAUUGGCGGGACCGCGGGACACUGCAGCCAGUCGAUUAAUUCGAACUGCCCUAGGUGGACGAGAGAUGGAUCCGGCACGAAUCGCAAUGCACCUCUCUGUUCCCGCCAAUGUGGCACGCUUUUACCGCGACGACAUAACUGUUCAGGUCAUCUACCCCACUCCUUAG